CAUGUGCUUCCUGGCCAGCGACCUGGUUGUCGAGAGCAGCUUCAACCCCUUAGACAUCUCCCACCUACUGCAAGAGUUCAUCAAGCAGUUUAGCGGCAAAGCAGUGGAGGUGGAGGUGCUGCUGGAGGCCUUCUACGACAUCACCCUGGGGCCUACAGUGGAGGGCAGAAACAUGGCCGUCUUCGCUUUCUCCAUCUUGUCCCACCAGCGCCUGGAGAAAGUGGUUGAAUACCUCCUCCAGUUUCCCUUCAGAGAGUGCAAGAGAGUAUGGAAGGAGGUUUUGACAUCGGCCGACCAAGAACAACUGCUCCAUCUUCUGGCCGAGCAGCUUUACCAAAGCCCCUUGGCGGAAUCUCCCACCCAAGUGCAACAUCUCUCCAGCUUGUUGCAGGCCAUCCUCAGGAUGGAGGAAUACAAGGCAGCUGUGCGGCGGAACUUCCCACAGCUGCUGAUCGCUCUCCUGGGGGUGGUUGUCAACUUCCACUACGACCAGGAGUUCCUCAGAGGGGCUAAGGAAGUCCUGCACCUCCUUCUCAGCACCACUGGAGCGCAAGUCGAGGCGGCCAUUGUAGACCAACUUUUCUGCCCCGAGAAUUUCAGCCAGGGGUUGUCUGCCAUGGUGAGGUAA